AUGGUGCCUGCUCCUCCGGGCAUACCUCAGCGGUUUCCUUGCUGGUGCAGGGCGGUGUACUCUUACGGGGGAGAGUCAAAACGAGAUCUUGGUUUCAUAGAGGGCGACCUGAUCGAAUGCCUCAAUGCCGGCGACGGGUCGUGGUGGACGGGCAGACUGCGCCGCGAUAGGAGGAUGAUCGGCGUCUUCCCGUCCAACUUCGUCGAGGUCCUCCCAGAUGACUUUAGACCUUACAGCAGGUCGACCAGCCCCAUGCCGGCGCCCCAGAGCACCCCCAGUCCCAAGAACACCCCGCAGAAGACCAAAACCUUUCGAAAACCGUUCGAGGCUUAUUCCAAAGCACCGCAUUAUACCACCGCAAAGCAGCCCGAGACAUACAGGGAGAGCCCCGUAAGGGCAUCGCAAGACCUCUCCUCGACACCAACAAGAACACCAUUCAGACAAUCCAAUCGCAGCGUGCAGUCAGACAUAGAGAGGAUACAGACACCACCUCGUGUCCGCGGCUACGGGUCUAGACAGCCCUCACCAGCACUCGGUCCUGCAUUCGCGCCCUCGCCCGCGCCAUCUUUCAACGGGCAGUACCAACCACCGCAAUUUACUAAUCCGUUUGACGGCCAGGACGACGCGCCGCCACCACCACCUCCUCAUCGACACGUCGGUGUCCAAGGGCAUGGCUCAAGCCUUUCAUACGACAGUCGUAUACAACCAAGGCUGUCGGGAGAAGUUAGCAGGCAUGGCUCAAACCUUUCGUACGACGCCAGGAUACCAGCCGAGCUCAGAAGACACGGCUCGCGCGCCUCUUAUGACAGCAGGAUACCCUCUGACCUGAGUCGGCAUGGCUCUCACGCGUCUUAUGAUGAUCGCGCCCAUCAAGACAUCAGCAGGCAUAGCUCGUUUGCUUCGUAUGACGAUCGGGGCGGAUUUGAGCGGCGUGGAUCACAUCUCUCGAUGCAGCAGUCAGCCUCGAUGCAACAGCCAAUGUCAGGUUAUCAUACGCCCCGGGCGGCUUCUCCUUGUCCCCCUUCUCCUGGUGGCUCCGGCGUUAACAUGACCCCUUCCCCGCUCAGAGAGGCCAUGGACGGUGUGAUGGAGCAACUGGAUGCCCUUGGAACGCACGAGGCCGAGUCGCCGGAGCAACCACCGCUCGACCCAUGGUCCCCGGAAUCCUUUGACAUGGUCAACCAACAGUCACGAAGGAAGCGAAGGGAGGCCACGAGGCCGCAGACGUCCAUCGGUGUUGCCUUGAAUGCCGAUUCUGGCUACGGUACUGGGAGCGGCGGAUCGUCCCGGGAACAGACCUACCAUGGGAGCCACGAGCAAGAUGGCCAUUUGCCCCAGCUGAGCAGCUAUGUCCAGCGGAUGGAGACGCAGCUGCGCAAUAUGCACUCGCGCAACCCGGAGACGGCCGAUGAAGCUGAUGCAGAGCCUCCGCCCCCACCUCCUAAGAGCCGGUUGGUCGAGAGACCCAAAUCUUCCAUGGACACUCGUGCUGACGGCCCGGAUCGCAAGUUACGUCACAAGAGAUCCGCCAAGGAGGUCGGCAAGAUGAUCGGCCGGACAUUUACAACCAAGACGAACUCGUCCUCCAGCACCCGCGCGACCGAUAGCAGUUCAGCCACACAGAGCACUAACAGGAGUCUGAUGAGCGGAGUCUCGGCCGGCGGUAUCAGUGCUACCAGCGCAGGCAGUCUGGCGCGCAAGAAUAGGGGUCGCGCCCAGAGCGCGCUCGGGAUGCACGACCUCGGACUCGACCGGCCAGAAACCCCAUUCAGCGGUGUGACUUACCACAGCAGCCACGCCUCCGAUGCCCAGCGACCGCGGUCCCAGGCGGCCUUCCUAGACGACCCGAUGGGCAAUGUGGGCGGCCUCGCUCCUCCGACCCCGAAGAAGCGUGGUUUCCUGAAGAAGCUCAUGGAUUCGGCCAAGACAGGGGUAGCAAGCGGGCGGACCAGCAUCAUGACAGGCAGUGGUGGCUCUUUGCAAUCUUCGCCCAUGCCUCCGACGAUGCCAGCGUCGUCAACAGGGAUUUCAUCGGCUGGCUUCUCAAGCCCCGUGGUCGCCAAGGACGCCUCCCGCGACAUGGGAUUAGCCUCCGGUACGGACUGGGUCCAGGUCCGGCGGGAUGUGAACCGAUCGAAUACUUUGAGCCGCAAUGAGAGAAACGAGCGAAGGGACAGGUGUAUGAUGCUUGACUACCCGGCCCUUGAUCCAGUCGACGAGCUGUACGGAAGUAUAGAGGGCGACGAGGACGCGGACGGUCUCCCUGUUCAGAGACCCACGGACUAUUCGAGCAUCAACUUCAUGAAUGUGGACAAGAACUCGCGUUUCAUCAAGAGUCUUCCGCCGAUGACCACCGCAAUUACGCUAUCUACGACCUACGUCUGCAGGCCGUACAGAAGCGACGUGCAGCGACUGCGGGCCAUAUUCACCUGGGUUGCCGAGUUAAUCACCUGGGAGGAGGACUACGAGGGGGAUGUUGAUACCCGUCGAGUCAUCCAGACAAAGCGGGGCUGUGCAGAAGAGUAUGCGGUGCUGGUGAUGGAGAUGUGUGGUGCUGUUGGCCUACACUGCGAGGUGGUCCGCGGUUACCUCAAGACACCUGGCGAGAUUCCAGAGACCAACAUGCUGCCCCGCCCGAAUCACUGGUGGAAUACUGUGCUGCUCGAUGGACAGUGGCGCAUCAUGGACUGCUGCCUCGCGAGCCCCUCGAACCCGAAGCGUGCCCUCUUCUCCAGCGUGGGCAGUGGCUCUGCCGAUUUCUGGUACUUCCUGACCAGCCCGUCGGAAAUCUGCUGGACCCACAUGCCCGAACACCACGAGCAACAGCAUGUCUGUCCUCCCGUGGCCAACGAGGUUCUGCUCAACCUACCCUGUGCCUGCCCGCCUUAUUUUAUGAACAAUUUGCAGAUGGUUGAUUACAACACCUCCCUCACCCGCAUCGAGGACCUGGAAAUGGUGCACAUCAAGUUCAACGUGCCCGCCGAUGUCGAAGUGGCUGCGGAAGUCGAGGUCCGCGCCCUGAGUCGGGACGAGGAUGGCGACUUCUUCGAGAGCGGCGACGUGGUGAAGAAGCGUGCCCUGGCACAGUGCGAGUGGUUCAGCGGCUCCAAGCGUUACACAGUCAAGGCCCUGCUACCCGGCGACGAGGGUCACGGCACCCUCAAGAUCUACGCGGGCAAGCGCGGCCUCAUGCACAGCAUCAAGGACAUCCCGCAUCCGAUGGCUUUCGCGAUCCCUAUCAUCCACACAGGCGAGAAUCCAUCGUACGAGUUCGUGCUGCGGCAUCCCACGCCGCACGCACAGCGACACGACAUCUACGUCGUCCAGCCCCAGUGCCAGCGCCUCGCCCUGAACAACACAUUCGUGUUUGCCAUCCGACAGCACCCCAGCUCAGCACCCGACACCGGCGGAAGCGGUAUGACCCCAUCCUCGAACCCGGGUAGUGCUAGCCCCAUCCCGUUCGUGCGGCCGGGCUCAGCCAUGAGCAUCAGUGCGACGUCGAACCCGAGCAGCUACAGCGGCAGCGGGUCGGGCAGCAGCAAGCCGGCCAAGCUCGCGAUCCAGACGCCCGGCGGAAAGAUCCUGCGGCUUAUGAGGAAGGAGGACCGCCGCCACGGCGCUAGCGUCGGGUCAUCUGCCCGCGGCCUGGCCAGCGAAGAGGAGGUCGGCGACGGUGGGACAUGGGAAACCAUUAUCAAGUGCUCUGAGCGCGGGGUCUGGAGGGGCCUCGUCCUUGCGGACCGAAUUGCGAAGUGGUGUGUCUUUGCGGAGUGGCAUUGUGUUGGAUGA